AUGGAUAUAGGAAAAUUGCAACAAAAUGUACGUCAUCUGACUCAUGUCUUUGAAGAGGCCUUCUUAGAGCAGAAAAGAGUCUUUUCAAAAUCCAAAGCUCAAAUAGAUGAACUUAAGAAAAAGCUUGAGCAGACAAGAUGCCAACAGAAAGAGCUCGAGGAAAAACUUGAGAAGAGUGAAGCUCAAAAUGAAGAUCUUCAGAAGAAGCAUGAUCACAGUGAAGCUCAGAGGAAAGAACUUAUGAAAAGGCAUGAAAAGAGUGAAGCUAAUAAGAAAGAGCUCCGGAAAAAGAUUGUGCAUAGUGAAGCUGAUAUGAAAGCGCUUCUGAAAAAGCUUGAGUAUAUUGAGGCUCAGAAAAAAGAGCAUGAGAGAACUGAAAAAGCUCAAAAGGAAGAACUUGAUAAAAAAUUGCUUCAGCAGAGUGAGACUCAAAAAAAGAAAUUGCAACUUAUGUUCAGCUUGGAUGAUAAUAAGGCUAUUAAAAAGCUGUUCGAGGAAAAGGUUUGUAUUCCAUUUUUUGGCAAAACUAUGUGA